AAUGGCGUCCCAGAAGUCCAUCAUCCACCGAACCUCAUUCUUCGAAUCUACGAAUCUCUCACUCCUCCACCACUAUAAACGAGAUUGAAAAACAUUUCAGAGACAAACCCAGAACAAAACAGAGUCUCUAUAUACAAACCCAUGUCAAUUUUAGACCCUUGGCCUCAUUUUUAACAAACCCAUUUCCAAUUUUCCACUUCUCCUUCAAACAAAUCAUGAGGAAAACCAGAGUUUUCAAGCUCGCGAAGAUCUUCAAAUGGGCAAUCCACCGAAAAACAUACCAACACCUAAACCCACCGAACUCGACGAGCAAAGCCAUGUCCAAGCUCUGCAAAUGGGGUCGUUCUCUGAAGAACAGAGCUCAAGGGCUCUGUUUUUCCAAGUCCGGGUACAUUCGGGUGGGUCAAGACCCGGUUGAGGCUAAACCAGUACCGAAAGGGCACUUGGCUGUAUACGUGGGGAAGAAAGAGGACGACACGCAUAGGUAUUUGGUGCCUGUGAUAUACUUUAAUCACCCACUUUUUGGGGAUUUGUUGAGGGAGGCAGAGAAGGAAUACGGGCAUAACCACCCGGGUGGGAUCCAGAUACCUUGUCGGGUGUCCGAGUUUGAGAAUGUUCGGACAAGAAUUGCCGGCGGCGGCGCCGGCAGCGACUUCUGUAGGCGGCGGAGCUGGAGGCUGAGGUGUUUGUCCAGCUAAUAUAUAUAUAUAUGUUUUUUUAAAUGAUUUUGGGUGUGGCGAUGGUUAGUUGUGUAUAAAUUAUUUUUUAUUCCUACAACCCAAAUUAAAUUGGACUUGGUCUCCUCUAGCAUUUAUUUGCGUUUA